AGGAGUCCACACUCCACUUGGUACUCCGUCUCCGAGGUGGUAUGCAGAUCUUCGUCAAGACUCUGACUGGCAAAACAAUCACCCUAGAAGUUGAACCCUCGGACACCAUCGAGAAUGUUAAGGCCAAGAUCCAAGACAAGGAAGGUAUCCCUCCAGACCAGCAACGUCUCAUCUUUGCCGGCAAGCAGUUGGAGGAUGGUCGUACACUCUCCGACUACAACAUCCAGAAGGAGUCUACUCUUCAUUUGGUGCUUCGUCUCCGCGGCGGCGCGCUAUAACUUCAAUUCUGUCUUCUUUCCACUAUACGGGGAGGCGACAGUACAGCUUAUUUGCAUUCCUUUCAUGUAGAGUAGAAAACAAAUAAACUGCUUUGGAUCUCUGAA